AUGGCGGCCGCAGCCACGAACCCGCACAUGGAGCUCGAUCCCAAAUACGACCACUAUGAUUUCCCUACGACCGCUCCAGAUCCGAAGCCAGGCCACCCGGGCCACACCACCAAAGAGCAGGAUGCCGCUGUUCAUCAGCUUCGUAUGACCCUUGAGCAGGAGGGCUACAGCAAACGGCUCGAUACUCUGACCAUGCUUCGCUUUCUGAGAGCGCGCAAGUUCAACGUACAAGCGGCAAAGGAGAUGUACGACAGCAGAGCGGGAAUGGGCAAGUUAACCGUGACUGAUUCUUGUGGUGAACAGGUUCGUCAAUUGCGAGAAAUGGCGUGCGGAGUUUGGCGGCGGUGUGGACAACCUCGUGAAAACAUUUGAGUACAAGGAAAAGCCGCAGGUGUUUGCAUACUACCCGCAAUACUACCACAAGACGGAUAAGGAUGGACGACCCGUCUACAUCGAACAACUGGGCAAGAUCGAUCUGGACAAGAUGCGUACCAUCACCACGGACGAGCGCAUGCUGCAAAACUUGGUGGUUGAGUACGAGAAGCUUUCCGACCCGCGUCUUCCUGCUUGCUCGCGGAAAGCCGGUCAGCUCCUCGAGACAUGCUGCACCAUCAUGGACUUGAAGGGCGUCGGCUUGGGUAAGGUCGGCCAAGUGUACGGAUACGUGCAACGAGCAUCGGCUAUCAGCCAGGACUAUUACCCUGAGCGACUCGGCAAAUUCUACCUCGUCAACGCACCAUGGGGAUUCAGCAGCGUCUUUGCCGUUGUCAAGCGUUUUCUCGACCCCGUUACUGUCAGCAAGAUCCAUAUCCUGGGAGGCAGCUACCAGAAGGAGCUCCUCGCCCAGGUGCCUGCGGAGAACCUGCCAACCGAUUUUGGCGGCAAGUGCAAGUGUGCCGGAGGAUGCCAAUUGAGUGAUGAUGGCCCAUGUAAGUUGAACUCAUCUUCGAAUGCUUGGCCGCAUACUAAUGCUCCGUCACAGGGCAAGAGGCUCAAUGGUUGAAGGGAAACAAUGACAGCAUUCCCGCGACUGAGAGCCACACCGGCGAAGGUCAGCCUUCUACUGACGCCGCAACGGCCCCAGAAGCCCAAGGACAUCCAGCUGGCGAGGCUCAUGCAGCUGCAGCGGCUCAGUAA